AUGAACUCUUUUUUUUCAAUAGGCCUUGAUGACUGCCUCCAACAAUACAUAAAAAAUUUUGAAAGGGAAAAGAUCAAUGGGGAGCAGCUGUUACACAUCACUCAUCAAGAGCUUGAGGAACUGGGAGUCACUCGUAUCGGUCACCAAGAACUAAUCUUGGAAGCAGUUGACCUGCUCUGUGCAUUGAAUUAUGGUUUGGAGACAGAAAACCUAAGAACACUUUCUCACAAGCUGAAUGCCUCAGCCAAAAAUCUUCAGAACUUUAUAACAGGUAGAAGGAGGAGUGGCCAUUAUGAUGGCAGGGCCUCCAGACGACUGCCAAAUGAUUUUCUUACCUCUGUGGUUGACCUGAUUGGUGCUGCCAAGAACUUGUUAGCCUGGCUGGACAGGUCUCCAUUUGUCAGUGUAACAGAAUACUCAUUGCUAAAAAACAACAUUGUUCAACUGUGCCUGGAAUUAACAACCAUUGUGCAGCAGGAUUGCACAGUGUAUGAAACAGAAAAUAAAAUUCUUCAUGUGUGUAAAACUCUGUCUGGGAUCUGUGAUCAUAUCAUUUCUCUCUCAUCUGAUUCUCUGGUGUCUCAGUCAGCACAUCUAGAAGUAGUUCAUCUUACCAGCAUUAUGCCCAGUGAGGGUUUGGGGAUGUAUAUCAAAUCAACAUAUGAUGGGCUGCACGUAAUCACUGGAACUACUGAAAAUUCUCCUGCAGACCAGUGUAAGAAGAUUCAUGCAGGGGAUGAGGUGAUCCAGGUCAACCAUCAAACUGUGGUUGGCUGGCAGUUAAAGAACCUAGUAAAUGCAUUGCGGGAAGACCCAAAUGGAGUGAUCUUAACCUUGAAAAAACGGCCUCAGAACACCCUGGUUUCUGCUCCUGCGCUUCUGAAGAAUGUGAGGUGGAAGCCUCUUGCACUUCAGUCCUCAUGUAUGCAUCAGAAUGCUGGACGAUAUCGCCAAGUAUGGAAAAGAGAAUUGAAGCAACUGAGAUGUGAUUCUUAAGGCACAUCUUGAAGGUAUGUUGGACAAGUCACACUUCAAAUGAAGAUAAUUUGUUAAGAGCAGGCUGCAGGAGGAAGCUGCUAAUUAACACCAGAAAGAGACAGUUGGAGUUUCUCAGGCAUGUUUUGAGGAAAGAAGAAAUUGAAAGUCUGAUCAUAACUGAAACGAUUGAAGGAAGGAGAGAUUAUGGAAGACAAAGGUUGACAUAUGUCAACAGUCUAUCUAAAUGGAUGAAUGUAUUGAUACUGGAAAUUAUGUACGCCUCAAAGACAAGAGAUCUGUGGAACACUAUGAUCACCAAUGUCCUGUUUGGAUAUGGUACCUAGAGAGAGACAAUUCAGAUUGACCCUCUGCAUGGGAUGUUUAAAUAAACAGUAUCACUGACUUAGGCACUUCUGUUAGCAUUUGUUAUAAAUAUGAGUCAGAAAAAAUAAUUAAGCUCUAAAAAUAAAUUAUUUGAUAUAACAGAAAUGAUGCAGUUGUAAAAGAAUGCUGACAUAGGAUCUCUGAGUCUUUCUUUAAACAUAAAGGUCACCUAUACGCAUGCCAGAUGUCUGCUCUGACAUGCUAAUUAAGCAGCCUCUAUAUCAUGUGAAUUCAGUGUCCAUACACUUUAAAAGGGCAAUGGGGGUGCCAAAUGAGCUUUAGUUAAAACACCCCCACCACCAUUUUGAAGGACAGGAUGCUGAAAACACAUGAUGCUGUGGGCAUUUUAAUUACAAUAGCCUUCAGAGCUGCUGUAAUUAAAGCACUCCUCCCCACCCCCUAACCCCAGAGCACAUGUAAAGAUGCCCAAAAAUCUUAGUGUUAGUUCAGAAUUUAUUUCCCAUGAAUGUUCUGGCUUUGCUUUGGUUUUUAUGUAACAGUAGGAGACCAUUUUGUUGUGGGAAGGUUCUAUUCUAUUUUCACCAUCUUUUAAUUAGAAAAUAUGUCAGUCAUACCAGGCUAUGUAUAUUUCUUUUGGUAGGCAUUAUUUGAUAUUAAGAUAGCUGUUUUAUUUUCUGUCUUUAUAACAUUUUUUCACUCCAUAUAAAAUGGAUAUUCCAUUUGCAAUGAAUGAAUUGGCAAUGGAUAUUCCAUUUGCAAAUACUCCUGUAGCUUUUGUCAUUGCAUAUUAACACACUGGCAACUUCACUCAAUUUAAAAAUAAAAUGUUUUACACGCCUUUCUUUUUUUAAUUUCCAGAAAAUGUUCUAGUGGAAUAAUACUUCCA